UUACAAAUUUCUCUCUUUCCAGUUGUCACUGUUUUAGGUGCACCUUCUCAAAUUGAAAACCAUCAUUUGUUUUUCUCAAAAACCCCCACACAUACAGAAAAAUAAAAAAUAUAAAAAAUGCAAGUUCCAUUGAUAGACAGGCUCAACGAUCUCCAAGCAGGUCUCAGUACACUGCAGAACCCAUCUUUCCCUUCUCAGAUCACUUCAACCUCCAUCGCCGGAAUCCAAUCUGUUUCCAUAGCCUACAGUUUCUGCAAAUGGGGCGCUUUGAUUCUCGCUCUAGUCGCCACCGUUGGCGGCAUAUUCAACAGAGUCACCAUCUUCAUCAUCAGGUUCCGCAACAAAGCCCCUUCACUUCCCUCAAUCUCGUUUAGCUCCGACGAUGAUUACACAAGCUCCGACAACGACGAUGCCAUUUCGGAUUUGUCAUCGUCGUCGGAGUUUGAAGACGGACACGAAAAUGAACUCUCCGUGUUUUCCAGUUUUCAACGAGUGAACGAGUAUUUUCGAGUGAGAGGCGCAAAUGGAAACGACGUCGUCGAUGAGGACGACGUUCAGAAUCAAAACGACAACAGUUGGCUUAAACGACGUCGUAGCAUUGGUGAUAUUUUUUCCCUUUCGG